AUGGAAGAUAAAUGUUUUCCAAAUGAUACAUCAAAUGUGCCAGAAUCUGACAUCGUUGCGGAAAAACCACUACCACGCCCACAAAACUCGGAUCACGGUACGCAUCAAAUAGCCCAACGAAUGGUCAAAAUAGUUUGUGACGCGAUAUUGCAUUAUGGCCGUUGCAUGGAAGAAAGUGGCGGACGUGUUGGGAUCAGGCUUGCGUGUUUCUUCACCCGGGUGCACAAACAUGAUUUGCCAGGACCUUUAGUUCAUUUUUCACCUGCUGGUGAAGCUUUCAAAUAUUCAAGCCAUUUUGGGAUUUACUGA